GGAGACAGGGCCAUGGAGAAGCUGCGACGGGUCUUGAGUGGCCAGGACGACGAGGAGCAGGGCCUCACCUCGCAGGUCCUGGAUGCCUCCUCCCUGAGUUUCAGCACCAGACUCAGGUGGUUCGCCAUCUGCUUCGCGUGCGGCGUCAUCUGCUCUAUCCUGGGGACUGCGUUGCUGUGGCUUCCGCAGGGCCUGAAGCUUUUCGCUGUGUUUUAUACCCUCGGAAACAUGGCUGCCUUAGCCAGUACGUGCUUUUUAAUGGGGCCCAUGAAGCAACUGAAGAAAAUGUUUGAAACGACACGGCUGCUGGCGACAGUUCUGAUGCUUUUGUGUUUCUUAUUUACCCUGUGUGCUGUAUUUUGGUGGCAUAAGAAAGGGCUGGCCUUACUGUUCUGCAUCCUGCAGUUCCUGUCUAUGACCUGGUACAGUUUGUCCUACAUCCCGUACGCAAGGGAUGCAGUGAUUAAAUGCUGUUCUUCUCUCCUGAGUUGA